GUACGGAAUAAAAAAUAGUGCGAAGCGUGUGAAUUGUGCGUUGCCUCGUUUACGAACAUAAUUUCCGGAUCGCGUUGUGAAAAAAGUGUAUUAUAAUAGUUUUGUGCAUUUGAACGUGUCCGGCGAAAUCGCAUAUAAACCAAAAAUGGCUUCUUUGAAAAAGUCCAUUGAUUUUAAAGACGAUUUAGAUGAUGAUGAUGAUUCCUGUUCUGACUUCGAUGAUGAUGAAGAUCCAGAUAAAAUAGAAGUGCCAGGCGGUGGUCGUGAUCUACAAACCGCGGUUAUAUAUGCGAAAAACAGCGGACACAAACCAAACAGCGCCAGCAGCAAUAACAACAAAAAUAUUAUCAAUAAUAAUAACUCUCUAUUAACAACUAAUCAACCGCGUAUAAAUAAUUCUAUAAUAACAACAAAACCAACAGCAGGCGGUGUUUCAUUACUGAACAACAACAAUAUGCCGAAGAAAAGCACAGCAGCACCGGCAGCCAUCGGAAUGUCCAACUAUCCGAGCAGUUCGGGCUCCGCUGCAGCAGCAGCAGCAGCCGCCGCCGCUGCGGCCGCCGGCUACACCGGCCUACCAACGCCACUGCCAUUCAGCGCCAAUCAGCUGAUGAAUAUGGCCGCGUAUGCUGCAGCCAGUGGCGCUGGUGUUGCUGGUCCGGGCAAUGUACCCGGCGGCGCGGCCGGCUUAAGCGCGCUGCUCGCAGCUGGUCUCGGCGCGGCUGGCGGCCUCAACGCACUGCCCAACAUCGGCGCACUCACUAACACUAAUGCGGCUGCCUUGGCGGCGGUCGCUGGUGCUGGCGCGGGCGUGUUGGGCGGCACAGGCAAUUACUAUCAAACAAAUUCGAAUCUGAAUAUGGCAGCGUCUUUAUUGGCGCAGAUGAGCAUGGGCCUCGGCUAUGAUGCAGCGCCAACAGCCGCGCCCAGCGUGCCCGCUAACGCCAAUCCGCCGGCUACCGCGGCGUCAUCACAAGCCAAGACCAACGCUUUGAUAAUGCAGAAAAUACAAGCCUUGGUCGCGGCUAAUCCAUCUUUUCUUACCAGCGGCAUACCGAAUCACGUGCUGGCACAGCUCUUCAUGCAGCCGAUGAAGAUGGCGCCCGCCACUGUCACUGCUGCGCCUGCACCUGAGGAGGAGGAAGUGGACUAUGAAGAAAUGGGUGUUGCCGAGACUUACGCCGAGUAUUGGCCCGCUAAAUUGAAAUUGGGCAAAAAGCAUCCCGAUCCAGUGGUCGAGACCGCCUCGCUCUCCUCCGUCGAACCCUGUGAUGUUUACUACAAACUCUCCAUUCCACCGGACACCAUUAAUAGCGGUUACUUGAGCGCGCUGCAGUUGGAGUCCAUUACGUACGCCUCUCAGGCGCACGAUCACUUGCUGCCAGAUGGCACACGUGCAGGCUUUUUGAUUGGUGAUGGCGCCGGUGUGGGCAAAGGUCGUACUAUCGCCGGCAUAAUCUAUGAAAACUAUCUGAAGGGGCGCAAAAAGGCGCUCUGGAUUUCGGUGUCCAAUGACCUGAAGUAUGACGCCGAACGCGAUUUGCUGGACAUUGGCGCGAGCAAAAUCGAAGUGCAUGCGCUUAAUAAGUUCAAAUACGCCAAAAUAUCUUCAGAUGUGAAUAACAAUUGCAAGCGCGGAGUUAUAUUCAGCACAUAUUCAGCGCUCAUCGGAGAAUCCAAUAACAAGACUGGCAAAUACAAAUCACGUUUAAAGCAGUUAUUACAGUGGUGUGGCGAAGAUUUCGAUGGCCUCAUCAUAUUCGACGAGUGUCACAAGGCCAAGAAUUUGUGCCCCGUUGGCUCAGGUAAGCCCACGAAGACGGGCCAAACGGUAUUGGAGCUACAAAAUAAAUUGCCAAGGGCGCGAGUUGUCUACGCUUCGGCCACAGGCGCUUCAGAGCCCAAAAAUAUGGCUUAUAUGGUGCGUUUGGGCCUCUGGGGACAGGGUACUGCAUUUCCGGCAUUUAAUGACUUCAUUAUGGCGGUGGAGAAACGCGGCGUUGGCGCUAUGGAAAUCGUGGCUAUGGACAUGAAAUUGCGUGGCAUGUAUAUAGCCCGUCAGCUAAGCUUCCACGGUGUGACAUUCAAAAUUGAGGAGGUGGCGCUGUCCAAAGAGUUUCGCAAGGUCUACGAUCAGUCUGUGGAGCUGUGGGUCGAAGCCAUGCAGAAAUUCACCGAAGCCGCCGAACUCAUAGACGCCGAGAGUCGCAUGAAGAAGACUAUGUGGGGCCAGUUUUGGUCGUCGCAUCAACGUUUCUUCAAAUACCUCUGCAUUGCGGCGAAGGUUAAUCACGCAGUGCAUGUGGCGCGCGAGGCGAUUAAAUACGGCAAAUGCGUCGUCAUUGGUCUGCAAUCCACGGGCGAAGCGCGCACGCUCGAACAACUGGAGAGAGAUGAUGGAGAACUGACUGAUUUCGUGUCCACCGCAAAGGGUGUUUUUCAAUCACUGGUGGAGAAGCAUUUCCCCGCACCCGAUCGCAACCGUAUCAAUCGAAUACUCGGUUUGGGUGGUUAUUCCGAUGUGAAGACAAACAUUAAAAGCAUAAUUGCGGAAGUGACCAGCAAACGUGAGACCGCGAGCAUUAAAGAAGAGCCUUGCUCUUCGUCAUCCAGCACUGUGGGUAGCAAACGCAAAAUGGGGCGAGAGGAUGCACGUACAAAGAAAACGCGCAAAAACUCGUGGAAUGAUUCCGAUGAUGAUUCACAAAAUGAAUCGGAAGAUAGUGAUUUCAAAAUGUCCCACUCAGAGUCUGAGGAGUCCGAUGUGGCCGCGCACUCGGACAGCUGUGAGUCCUCUGACUUUAAUCCCUUCUUCAGCGGCUCUGACAGUGAUAAUGAUCCGUGGGUGGCGCGCUCGAAGAAGAAGGCCAAGAAGAAGGCAAAACCGAAGGACACAACUGCCAAUAGUAACAACAACAACAGCGCCAACACAACAGUCCCUACUGCUAGCACUACAAACACUAACGGUGUAUCAGCCACUGUCAAUGCGGUGGUACCAAAACGCAAAGGGCCAGUCUCCACACAAGAUCGCAUACAAGACCUGCUGCAGAAGAAACAAGAACUGAAGGGUACCGUUACGCAAAUAGGUGUUAACGGCAUCAAAUUGAAUUAUGGUCCACCACCGAAGGACGCCAUUGAGCGUGCCUGUAGCAUGAAAGAGGAGCUGUUGCGUAAAAUUGAAAGACUCGGCGAUCGCUUGCCACCGAACACGCUCGAUCAGCUGAUUGAUGAGCUCGGCGGCCCCGACAAUGUGGCCGAAAUGACCGGCCGCAAAGGACGCGUCGUGCAGUCAGACAAUGGUUCUAUACAGUAUGAGUCGCGUUCCGAACAGGAUGUGCCAUUAGAGACGCUCAACAUCACCGAGAAGCAACGUUUUAUGGAUGGCGAAAAAGAUGUGGCCAUCAUUUCAGAGGCGGCAUCUAGCGGUAUUUCAUUACAGAGCGAUCGGCGCGUGCGCAAUCAGCGUCGACGUGUGCACAUCACACUGGAGCUGCCAUGGUCCGCUGAUCGCGCCAUACAACAGUUCGGACGUACACAUCGUUCCAAUCAAGUGAAUGCGCCCGAGUACAUAUUUCUCAUAUCCGAUUUGGCGGGUGAGCGGCGUUUCGCCUCGACAGUAGCGAAGCGUUUGGAAUCGCUCGGUGCGCUCACACAUGGCGAUCGUCGUGCCACCGAGACGCGUGACUUGUCUCAAUUCAAUAUAGACAACAAAUAUGGACGCACCGCCCUUGAGACGGUGAUGAAGACGAUCAUGGGCUACGAGUCGCCUCUGGUGCCACCGCCAAAUGACUAUAAGGGUGACUUCUUCAAAGACAUUGCUGGCGCGCUAGUCGGUGUGGGUAUUAUAGUGAAUAGCGAAUCCAAUCCGGGCGUCUUGAGUUUGGACAAAGAGUACAACAAUAUAUCGAAGUUCUUGAAUCGCAUACUCGGCAUGCCGGUAGAGCUCCAGAACAGACUUUUCAAAUAUUUCACCGACACGCUGAACGCCAUCAUCAAUCAGGCGAAGCGCGGUGGACGCUUCGAUUUGGGCAUUUUAGAUUUGGGCGCCGCCGGCGAAAAUGUAACGCGCGUCAAGCUCGUUCGCUUCAUACGCAAACACGCCACCGGUAAAGCACCCGCCGAACUGCAUACGGUACGUGUGGAACGUGGCAUGAUCUGGCAGGAAGCUAUUGACAAAUACGCCGAUUUAAUAAGCGAAUUUGAGGGCUUCUAUGUCUCGCAUCAAGUGCGCAAUGGCAAGCGCACCGCUAUUCUUGCGGUGGAAAUUGAAACGCCACAGCCACAACAGCAAUCCAACAGCAAGAAAAAGGAGAAGAGUCUCAACAAAAAAGACAUAAUGUAUCAAGUAUAUCGGCCAAACACGGGACUCCAAAUACGUCACGAAUCAUUGGCAGAGUUGGAGAAGAAGUACAAAAAGGUGCCCAGUGAGGAGGCGGAACCACACUGGACGCAACAGUAUGACGCAUCGGUGAACACUUGUUCGCACGCUUACUGGAACGGCAACUGUCGCAAUGUCAAUUUGGGCAAUGAAUGUGAGGUUGGCUUGCGCCAGCGUCUAUAUUACGUUCUGGCCGGUUCCGUGCUCUCCGUUUGGACGCGCGUCGAGCAGGUGUUAGCCAUGCGCAACGCCAACAACAAAAUGCAAGUGAUACGUUUGAAGACCACCGAAGGUGAAAAGAUUGUCGGCACGCUUAUACCGAAGUCUUGCCACGAACUGCUGCUGCAAGAUCUCAAGUCCGAUGCAGAGCGAAUUGAGGAGCUGAAAUUCUAAGAUUUGAAUAAAAUGAAAAUAAUUUCAACAAGACAAUUGAAGUGCGGAAGCUGUGAGAAGAAAAAUGUAAAAAUAUAUAAAGAAGAGUACGGCAAAGGAUACACAAACACGACCCAAAAAGCGCAAAUGGCUUAAGUCAUGCUAAUGUGUAAAAUUAGAAGGGAUUGCAUACACACAAAACGAAAAUGGAAGCGGAUUGGAUAAACUACAAAUCUAUGUAAACGUUCCCUUUACCAUUUAGUACGUAGUGAUUACGCUGGAUGCUAUGGUGCGCCUGCGCAACAGUCGAGCAGCCACUUAGUUAUUAGUUAUGAAACUAGCUGUCACACAUGCAUAUAUACAACAUAAAAAAUGUGUUUAGCGUGACUUGGCAUUACUUCUACACUGUAAAUGUUAAUAUAUAUACAAACUAAUGCAUAAAUUUAUCAUAUUAUAUGCGUAGUAAACCAAAACAAAAAAAAAAACAUAAAAAUGAAAUAUAUAUAUAUGGAAUCAAUUUGCAUAUGCAACAGUGCAUAUCUAGCAACAAAUCGCUAAUGUAUACUACUACAUAUGUAAAUGUGUAUUUUUCGCGUGCACGGUGGCACCCUUACGAAGGGUGCACAUGCGCCACCUUCUUAGUUGGUAGUCUCGUAUUUAAAUAGUUACCUAAUGUUAUUUUGUAUUAAUACUAUUAAUAGUAUUCCUUAUGUUAAAACAAGGCAAAUUCAUUUCGUCCAACUGCCUCGCGGAAAUGAAUUUGCUAAAAUGCCAAGUUUUUUGCAAAGAAAAAUGAUUCUAUGAUUCAUAUAAAUGAAAACGCUUAUCAAUGGACUUUUUUGUUUUUGUAAUA